CGGGCUGCGCUUCCCAGCACUCAGCAGGUGCGGAGGUGGCGCAGCCGGCCUCAGACAGCUCCCUCCCACCCACGUGUCCGUUUUGGGGAUGGGUGCGGCGGCCGAGGUCCUCGAACAGCUUCCAGCACCGGUCAGGAGUUCAAGGCCAGGCUGAAAUCUGCGUUGACUCUUCCCCGAAGAGUUUGAAAGAGUGAAGUACGGGACAGUAACCGUCCUUCUCUGCCCUCAGCGUCAAUCUCGAAUUUGCGCCGGGCGCGUGGCUGGGAGCCCAGCCUUCUCGGGGGUCCCGCUCGAGGCCAAGAUGUCUUCCGUGGGGAAGGUGACCCAGAUUCCCAGCGGGAAGGUCUACCAGCAGAUCUUCGAGGCUGAGGUGCAGUUGGUCCGCUCCCUGGCAUCCUCUAGGAAGCGAGCUGUGGAGCGUUCCAUGAUCCCAAAGGAUGGCAAGAAGCCCUUGAUGAAGAAGGUGGAUGUUCAUGAAGGCGAGAUGGUGUCUCCUAGGCAGCAGAAGUGGAUGCGCAGCCUACCCAAUGACUGGACCACAGAAAACCCUGUUCUCUACAGGGAAAAGGAAAUAGCCAAAAAGGAAAAAGCUCAAGAGAGUGAGAACACCAUCGCUGCCAGAGAAGUCCGGGGCCUCACGGAUACCAUUGUUCCUGAGAGGAUCAGCACCACCACCUUUCAAAAGCAAGGAGAUAACAAGAGGAGGGCCUACGAGAGUGCCCUGGUGAGCUUUAAGGAGGAGAUCGCUCAGAUUGGGAUGGAAAUGGAACCUCUCAUCUUGGAACCAGGAGCACUUCUUUUAAAAAAGCUGGCUGAGUCUGAAGAGGAUGUCGACAAUCUCUUCAGAAAGGUGGAAAACGACAGCAACCUCGAAGACUACACCAUCCAAGCCCUGUUGGAGCUGAGGGAUCAGGUGGCCGAGAAGUUCCUGCUGCAGAAGCAGGAGAUCAAGGAGCUGGAUGAGACGCUGCACUCACUUGAGUUCUCCCGGGUAGAUAAACUAAAAAGUGUGUUGAAGAAAUAUGUGGAAAUCAUAGAGAAAACUUCCUACCUCAUGCAGCCCGACGUAUAUAGGCUGAUCAAUAAAGAAGCCAUGAUCAUAAACCGCGCCCUGCUGGGCAACCGGAGGGCCCUUGCCCAGCUGUUCGUCAACCUGAUGGAGGCCAGGCUGCAGCAGGAGCUUGAUAGCCACCGCCGCUGGCAGUGCCUGAUGGACGCCUGGAAGGCUCUCAAGAAGGACGGCCUGGUGCAGGCGUUCAGUGAGUUCAUGGCCAGUGAAAAGAUCCAGACUCCUCCGGCUGUGAAGAAGGAGCUUGAGACCAUGAUGAAGGACCGGAGCAUCUUGCAGCAGAAGCGCCUGGACCACCUGUGCACCAUCUGUGACCUCCUGCCCCCCAAUUACAGCAAAGCUCAGCUGAUGGAAUGGCAUUCUUCUCUCAACUCGUUGAACAAGCAACUCGACGCCUACCACAUGGACUGCAUGAUGCGGAUCCGCUUGCAGUAUGAGAAGAUCUGGCAGGAGUGCCUCACCCAAGUGCAGACGUGCAGGAAGCAGCUGCUGGACUGGAAGGCCUUCACUGAGGAGGAGGCAGAGAGCCUGGUGAGCCCGUCCUUCUUCCAGAUGGUGGGAAGUCUCCAGAGCAAGGUGGAGGAGGAGCUGGAGGCCUUGGAUAAAUCCUUCGAGAUCGUGGCAAAGCAGACAGAGCAGCAGAGCUCAGACCUCUUCAGCUACUUCCAGGAGGCCGUGAGCCUGUGGGAGACACAUCAGAGUGUGCUGCUGACGCAGGAGCUGGAGCUCGAGAAGAGGAUGGAGCAGCAACGGCAGAAGGACAGGCGGGAGAACCAGGCCCAGGAGGCUCACCUUGACAAGCUCUUGGACCAACUGAGGCAGCAAAGCUAUGAGAAUAACCUGAAGUCACACCUGGAAAAGGCCAAGGAUUUUCUGAAGAAUAUGAAAUGCAGGUACGAGGCUUUCCAUGGCCUCCUGACCAAGGAGGUGAUGGGGUACCCAGUGACCACGCUGAAGGAACUCAGCUCCUACAGCUCCCGCCUCAGCCGACACUUCUGUGUGCGUGAAAUCUUUGAACAGAACCUGGAGGGAGAAGUCAUUUUCCAGUUGAGGGAACCAGAACCACAUGAAAAGCAAUUCCAGAAGAGAACGGGAAGACCGAGAGGAAAACGAAGGUUCAAAGCAAACACGCGUGAACGUGACAGAAGCGGCAGGAGGAGGAGGAGUUUCCUCAAGCCAGCAGAAGAGAUAGAAGAAGAAGAAGAUCAAGAGGUCGAGUCCUCCACCACACAAGAGGUGGUCAUGAGCCCACAGAAGUCCGUACUGAGUGAAGAGACGGAUGAGUCCAGGGAGGACUCUAUUCCAGGACUGGAAGAGACUCAGGUUGACAGAGACAGCUCCUUGAGAUCACCCCCAAACCAGGCCAGUGUGCUGGUUCACGAAGAAGAAGAGGAAGAGAAGAAGAAGGUGGAGGAGGAGAGGGAGGAGGAGGAGGAAGAGGAGGAGGAGGAGGAAGAGGAGGAGGAGGAGGAGCAGAGGAGCUCAUCUGUGGAUGAGGUCAAAGCCCAGGAGGAGAGUCUAGGGGAGAUCUCCCAGGAGGAGAUGGAGUUCUUCACAACCUCUAGUGGGAACACUUACUUUGUUUUCCUACCCCUGAAACAAGAAGAGAACAGCAAGACACCCCAUUCCAACCUUCCUGCCAUUUUCUUCAAGGACAUUUCCAGUGCCAGGGUCUUAGAAGAAGUGAUCAUUCCAUCCAGACUAGUUUUAGAGAUUAAGAAACAGCUUCGAACUGGCUUUUUUGAGCACUUGGAGAAAUGGUUUGACCAAUGUGCCCUCAAUGCUCGGGUCAUCAUGGCCAGGAAGAUUGAUGAACUGGAUUCAGAACUGGAGCUGCGUCUGCACCUGCACCAGCCAAGAGCCCAGCGCAUUGAGAAGGACAUCCACAACGUCAGGGCAGCUGAACUCUUGCUUCACCAAGAACGGCUGGACAGGCACUGUGCAGGGGUGAUGGAGACACUGAGGAAGGAGAGGAUGAUGUUCUGCCAGUUCCAAGAAGAGCAAAACCUGAAGAGCAAACACUUCCGCCGCAAGAUUUCUGACAUGGAGCACAUCUUCUUGAACGCCACCAAGAGCCAGAAGCUGGCGACCCUCAGCAGCACUCUGCACCGGGAGCUGCUCAGCUAUGUCGACGUCAUCCAGGUGUCCCUGCGCAGCUUCCGCCAGUACCUGGGAGAGAGCCUGGGCAAGCUGCGCUACACCAACAUUGAGUUCAUCAAGCACUGCAGAUUGUUUUCAGAGGGAGGCAACUUUUCUUCUGAAGAAAUUGACUCGCUGUGUCAUCGAUUAGAGAAGGAAGCUGCCCGGAUAGAGUUUGUUGAAAAUUUAAUCAUGAUCAACAUGGAAAAGAUGGAGAGCGAUUACCUGGACCAGGCUAAUGAGUUCAUCAGCAAGUUUGAAAGUAAAUUCCAUAACCUGUCCGUGGACCUUAUUUUCAUAGAGAAAAUCCAGCGCUUGCUGACAAAUCUGCAAGUAAACAUCAAGUGUGAGGUAGCAAAAUCCAAUUUGCAGACAGAGGGAUUAAAUUCUUCUCUAGAACAGCUUCAAAGCAAGGUACAAAUGUGCCGAAGCUCAAAAGGGGAUAAACAAGUAGUGAGCACAGAAGACCUCCUUGGCCUUAUUCGAACUUGGAAAGAAAAACUGAGCCAAAGGAUUGAGUAUCUCAACUGCAAGCUGGACAUGAUAUCCAUGACUCACCUGGUCUUUUCUGACAACGUCUUGACUGACCUGGAGGUAGACAGUGACAUCUUGUUAUCUUCAGAAGUCUAUGAAGAAGAGGCUAAGGCAGACAUAGUCACCCCUGAGUCCUUUGCCCAGCCAAGCCGCAUGGGGAAGUCCAUGAUUGAAGACCCAGCCGUGGAGGUGGUCAAGAGGAUCCUGCAGUUUCCUGACUCGAAGUCCUCAACCCAUCAGUGUGACAAAGAACGGUCCCAGACAGGUAGGGGCAGCCAGGCCUGUGGAUUUAGGGCGCUGACAGUGGGGUAGCCGGGGGUGCCACCUCGUCCCUCCUCACCUGGUAUCCUCUGUUGUUCUCCUGGGUGCCCAUCACCCAAAGCCUUGAGGCGACUCCGGAACCGAGCGGAGCACUCCCUGAAGAAGGCCGUGUCCAUCGCCAGUGCCACCUCGGCAGCCAGCGUCACGAGGUACACCAAGCCCAACCGACUGGAUAGAAAGUACCAGGUGCUCGGCGACAGGCCUCCUCCGGCAGAGGAUUUUAAAGGCAUCAUCCUGAGCCUCCUCUGGGAGAGCAACGAGCUCCUGCUGACGGUCGUGGAGGAGUAUUACCGCAAAGAUAGACGCUCAGUCACCAGGCCCGACUGCAUGUAUGAGACCUUCGACCAGUGCGCGGAGAACAUCUGCAGGAAGAUCCUGGAGUACCACAGCCAGGCAGACGAUUACCACAACUCCUGCCUCAUAGAAUUACGGGCCCAGAUGAGGAGAUUUGAGGAGCUUCUGCCCCAGGCAUGUUGGCUGGUGAUGGAGAAUUUCAGGGAGCACCACUGGAAAAAAUGCUGCGCCUCCACCAAAGAUAUCCGAAGACAGUUCUUGAAUCACCAGGAACAGCUGGAGAAAAGGAAGGAUGAAAAUGCCCAGAAGCUCCACCCGAAUCUCGGACACCCUGCGCAGCUCCAGGAUAUGGAGUCUCUCUGUCAAGUGGAAGAGAAGAGGCAGGGAGAUCUGGACAGCUUGAUUGUGGUAACCAAGGAGAAGCUGGAGGAAUGCACACGGAAGUACGCCCGGUUUUUCAUAGCCAGCUUGGCCACCUUCACCGAGAAGUUCCUGCUGCAGUUGGAUGAGGUGGUCACCAUUGACGACGUCCAGGUUGCAAAGAUAGAGCCGCCCAAACAGAAAACCUCAAUCCUAAUACGGAGGAAACUGGCCGGGCUGUCCCUGGAGGAAGAGAGUGAGAAGCCCCUGAUUGAACGGGGGAGCAGAAAGUGGCCAGGAAUCAAACCUACUGAGGUCACCAUCCAAAACAAGAUUCUCCUCCGGAAAACGCCAUGUAUCACAACCACCAAAACCACCCUGGGCCACCUGGCAUCCGUGGAAGCCCGAGAUGCCGUCUACCUGAAAUAUUUAGCGUCAUUUGAAGAGGAGCUGAAGAAGGUCCAGGAGGACAACGCGCUGCAGGUGAAAGAGGCUCAGCGCUGGAAGGACAGCUGGAGACACUCCGUGAACAUCAUUCAGGGCCUGUACUUGUGA